AUAGUUAAACCCAAGCUGUGACUAGAAGCAGGGUACUCAGAUGGAAAGGGCUGAUUGACAAGCUGCACAGAGAAGGGAGCAAAUACCUAGCUGUGUCAGAAAGGGAAGGGCUCUCAAACACCCAUCAGGUUCAGGGAAGGUCUUCAAGGGUUGUCAAGCAAUAAAAUACUGCAGGUGAUGUCAACAGAGACUAGGCAGCAGGCAGUCUCUAUGGUAACUAUUGUGGAGUUGCAAGAAGGUUCUCAGAGUACGAUUCUGGAGACUAUGACUGCGGUCCACAACUGACUCGGCUUAACUCUGGGCUGAAGCCAGACUCCCAGGGCCCAUGCUUCCACCUGAUGAAUGAUGGCCUGAACUAUGAGCUCACGGGACUAUAUGAACACUUCCGUGCAGGAGCCUCCUCUUGACUACUCCUUCAAAAGCGUCCAAAUGGUCCAAGAUCUGGUAACCGAGGAGCCAAGGACAGGUCUACGACCGGUGAGGCACUCAAAGUCAGGAAAGUCACUGACCCAGUCCCUGUGGCUCAACAACAAUGUCCUCAAUGAUCUGAAAGACUUCAACCAGGUGGUUUCACAGCUUCUACAGCAUCCAGAGAAUCUGGCCUGGAUUGACCUCUCCUUCAAUGACCUGACUACCAUUGACCCUGUCCUAACAACAUUCUUCAACCUAAGUGUCCUCUACCUUCACGGCAACGGCAUCCAUCGCCUAGGGGAGGUGAAUAAGCUAGCUGUCCUCCCUCGUCUCCGGAGCCUGACCCUCCAUGGGAACCCCAUAGAGGAAGAAAAGGGGUACAGGUAAGUGCCUGGAUCUAAGGUCCAGAUGAGUUUCCCUAAGGAACAAGGGGAGAGGAGACAAGAAAUUCAAGACCAUUCUUCUGCCACACGUGGACCCAGGACGUACCAGACCUCUAAGCAUGCCCCUUGCUCUCAGAAUGAACCCAGUCCUCCCAAACCAUCGUCAAGCUCCCUGCCAUUCCCUGCUGUAGGGGCUGGCCCCAGCCCAAGUCUUCCUCACAGGCAGUAUGUGCUGUGCAACCUGCCCCGUAUCACCACGUUUGACUUCAGUGGAGUCACCAGGGCCGAUCGCAGCACAGCUGAAGUCUGGAAACGCAUGAACAUCAAGCCCAAGAAGGUCCGGGCCAAGCAGGAUGUUCUCUGAGAUUCGCAGGACCCAGCACACCGAAUGCCCUGAGGAUAAUCAGCUUGGUUUGACAAUAAAUGAUUUGAGCUGUUGAACAGAU